AUGGAUUUCGAGGAGCCGACACUUUGCGACGAUUAUCUCCCGUUGGACAUCGUCACUUUUGAGGCACAACUGCAAUAUCGGGGAUUGGGGAAAAAGGUCAAAGCCACAAUCCCACUGCCAUUACCCGAUUCGAGCGAUGCAGACGAAUUCAUUGCUCACAUUGUCACGACACAGAAGAUCCCUGAUCCGUUGAGACCCGAGCUAAAGAAAAAGUUCGAGGAGUUCAUCGAAAAAGAAAGACAGAGAUUGGAAGAUGCGAGAGAUGAUCAAUUAAUUCUCAACUCAAGAAUUGAAGAUCUUGAUCUGCAAUGGAGUCGCGUAUUCGAAGAACAAAACGAGAAACCAUGUACUUCAACGGCUUCUCAAUUCGGCGAUUAUUUUCUCUUCAUCAUGGAGAACUCGAGCGCCGAGAGAUUGACACUUUUGAUGGAAAAAGAAGUGCAAAUGGUUGAUAAGAUGAGCUCCAUCGUUCGUGCUCGUGACUGGGAAUUGGACUCGUUGAGGCGGGAGUGUGAGACAUUGAUGGAAUCAACGACUGGAGAUGCACAUCCACACGAAUUGAGUCGUUUGAAUGAGAAAAUGCGGCACGUUCACAACACAUACACUUGCCAAAUCGAGGCGUUAUUGGAGAGGCAAAAGUUCAGCUAUCGGAAAAUCGUGGCAACAAUGUAUGAGACAGAUGAGCUGCCGAAGGAGUUAAUCGAAGAGGAAAAGGACUCGAAUUUGGUCAUUUCACGAGUGUUCUCUCAACAAGAUUCUUUCGCUGAGGAGAACAUAUUCGACGAGAGUUUCACCAUAUAUUUAGGAGCGCAAUUGAAAACGAUGCACAAUGUGCGGCUGUUGUCAAGAAAGACCCCACUGAAUGGACCGCUUGGAGGGAGCAUUUCUCAGCGUCUCCAAUCAGCGAUGAAUCUCUACAGAAGAGGCGGGCUUCAUGGAACGAUCAUUCUCGUAGAAAAGCAUCCAAUGUGGCACACUCAAGAAAGGACCGAUCUCGCACGAGCUUGCGAGAAGUCUACUGAGCUUCACUUUGAGACGCUCGGGAAACAGCUAGAACAAGUGCAAAAUUCGAUCCAAGGAGCCAAUCAAUGGCGUUGUGAGCAGAGUUUACAGAAAGUGACAGCUGGGCAGAGUUUACAGACUCCAUUCGAUGCAGAGAAACAACGGGAAGAGUGUAGUCUUUUGGUCGGCGAUCUCUACACGACAAGGCACUCGAAUUUGGAUGGAGUACAGAUCAUUUUUCAUCUCGUUAUCGAUAAUGCGUUGAGAAGUGGGGAUAUUACGAGUCGUCACCCUUGUCUCGCAGGGAUUCGUAACGUGAUUCGAGCUUGUUCCCGUUUUGGUGUCACGUCGAUCAGCAUCCCAUUGUUGCUAGUAGAAGAAGCGAAUGAGAAUAUGACAGUUCAAUGGUGUGUGAAGAGAGCCGAGUUGGUCUUCAAGUGUGUGAAGGGGUAUUUGAUGGAGGUAUGCGGUUCUGGCUGGGAAUCGAGUGCACCGGGUGGUCCAGCGCUUUCCCAUUCUCCUCACUACAACAUCAAUUUCGUCCUCCCAUCCGGCUUGGGUGCUUCCGGAAUGCUUGAUGAGGUCGAAGCCCCAGCCACCACGUCAAUUGAGCAAACGGAGCCUCUACAAGAUUUG